AUGGCAUCUGAUGUAAUACAGAAUUUGAAGAAAGAGAAUUCAGUUGAAAUAAGUAUUACUGUGUUAGUGAUGACCUUUCAUCUGUUCAACUUUGAUAGCAACCAGGAAACCGAUGCAUACACGCAACAUUCUGAUCAAGAUUUAGAUUCAUCAUCAGUUUUAUCGCCUGAAGCUCCUCAAAGUGCAACACCAAGUUCCCGUAACAAGCGAACUCUCAACUGCACAACUUGGACACAGAAGAAAAAUAAAUUUUUGGAUGCUUCCAUAAAAGUAUUGGAAACUCCGCAACAGGAUGUUCUUGAACCACAAGAAAUAACAUUUGGCAAAAAUACUGGUCAACAAUUACAGGAUAUUGCAGUUGGACAGAAGAUAAUAGCCCAAAACUUCAUUUCGGAUGUGCUAUACCAUGCAAAAUUGGGAAAUCUCACACAUUCUUCUCAUAUUUCCCUGGGUUACCAACCACCAUCAUAUCAAAGUGCCCCAUGCGUUCCGCAAGCACAAAUAUUUCAAAACUCAUGCUCCAGGUAUACAACAUCCAUUAACCCAACCUUUAAUGAACCCAGCACGUCAUAUACACGUCAACCAGAUGUACCAACUUUUACCACUUUGACAACUCCAAAUCAGGCGUCUGCAAAUAGGGAAGUGAUGGAAGAAUUUUUAGUUUUUCCCAAGCAAAAUAAUUAAGAAGUGAUAAGGUACUACGAGUAUUACAGACUGAUUCACAUAUCUUUAAUUGUUAGACAUAAUUUGAAAUAAUAAAAGUUUUUUCAACACACUGUUUCUUAUAUGCAUCAGAAUACAUGAAAAAAAUAAUUAUUGUACUUAC